GGCAGCCAGCACAUGCUCGUCCUCGCCCUCGUCCACUAGCACUACCCGUACAAUGUCCACAGAAUCCCUGCUCGCCGCGCUGCCGUCCGACAGGGACCAGCCCACGCCGGAGCCGGACGACGGCCACGAGCAGUGGAGCGAUGCACCAGAGAUGUUCGACAGCAGCCAGCCACGCCCUCCUUCUUCUGACAUCGUCGAGGUCAUCGCCACCAGCGAGGACGCAGAGGACCAGGACCAGCUCGAGACCGAGGACACUCAGCUCACCGUCAAAUCGGAAAACUUUGCAGGCCCCGAGACCGACAAGACGUCUUCCCCACCAGACAUACCCAACCCGACCGACAUCGCUCCGCCCGCCUUGCACAACACAGACUCGUCUUCCGUACACUCUCUACCUGCAGUCCACGUGCCACACUCUCCAUCUCCCGUUUUAAAUAACCGUCCACAGACUGCAAACGCCGCUCCUUCUCCUCUAAUUCAACCACCCAUGCCGUCCCCGCCCCCGACGGCUUCGUCCGCCAGGAACUCGACGACGACGGCCAGGACAGCGUCCAGGCAAUCAGCCACCACUGGACCUCCACCUGCCUCGUCGACCAACUCCUCCAGACGGCUCACUGCCCGUCAGAACUCCGGCAAUGAUACUCGUUCCUCCGGUCGACUUUCCGGUUUCUUUUCGCAUUUAAUUCAUCGUAGAGACCAUAUGCCACCUCCCUCUCCCAAUCCUACCCGCGACGACGCCACCACUCCGACACCAGAUCAAUCAUCCCUUCCCUCUCGUUCCGCAUCUCCUGUACCCCCGCCCCGCCCAACAACCCCUCCACCCGCGCUCCCCGCUCCUUCCCUAUCGGAACUCGGUCUCAGUCUUUCCGUACUCACCAACAAUCUUUCUCCUUCCCAUUUCAGUACUCCGCCAGCAAGCGGAGCUUUCUUAGCUCCGCAUUACCUCCUUCUCUGUCACGCUCAGGGCCUUGACGUAUUGCCUUUGUCCUCUCCUCCUGCGCCUCAGCCUUAUGCAUUGAUCCGCAGAGUUAGUUUCAAAAGCGUCGUCGUAAUGGAGCACAGAGGUGUCCUCGUCGCUAUCGCCGGCCGCCGUGAUGGUGUACGCGUCUACGCCUUGGAGGAGGUCAAGAAGGCGGUUGAGUGGCGGUUGGAAGUUGAGAUACGCAGGGAGCAGGAUCGUGCGAGACGAGAGGAGGCGAAGCGGAGUGUUUUCCCUCGAGAUAGUCACUCUUCAGAUAAACCCGUCGGUGUCGGUCCCUCGUCUUCCGCCCUCACCAAAAGCAAGACCCCUCGCAGGCCUUCUUCCGCAUCCGCGGCAUCCUCUGCUGCAGCUAAGGAGCCAAGACGUGUGAGGACACCGGUGAAGUCUCAUAGUCCGCAUCCACCACCUGGCGCCUUGAAUCAAGUACCUACGGCACCUCCGCCUUCGUACAGUCAAUCUACGCCUGCCCCAUCACCUCCACCUCCACCACCCCCACCACCUCCGACAUUGAAUGUUAGUACGGCCUCUGAGCGUCGUUCAUCAGUCAACAACGUCCUCGCAGGAACAAUUACUAGGCGCAACACGGACGCGAAUUUCGUCGGACGGGAGCCCUCUACCAGUGACGACGGAGAUGCGAAGGGUGACUGGAUAGAGGGGAGGGAAUCUAGUGAUGAUGAGGCUAUCAAUGUCGUUGCGGCGGGUGCGAGCGGCAGUGAGGCUUUGGAUGAGCGUACGAGCGCUGCAGCCGCUGCUUCACAUCAUUCGCCGACUUCGACUCCACAUAUCGAAAGUUCUCCCCCAAUAGACACUCACCGUCCUUUAUCGUCUUCUUCAAUUCCCGGUCGUCGACGUCCUGCAAACCUAGAUCUCACUACAUUAUCACGUUCGCAUUCGAAUGGGCCAGCUGCCUCCGCCGCUCCACCACCAUCUCCUACACCUACACUUCUCACCUUACGACACGCACUGUCCGGGACGCCUUCUUCUGGAAAUCUCCCCACCAUGCGGUCUCUAGACUCACAGAUGACGGAUGCCGAAGCGGACGAACCUGGGACGCCAAAUGAUGAUGAUAACGACACGCAAGAGGGACAGACGACUCCGACGAACGAACGGAUCUCAUUCGCUCAGGCCUUAGAAGAAAGUCGUAUACCGGACCUUCCCCCGCCUGGUACCCGCCGAUCGCAGCAGGUCAUCAUGAUCACGGAAUCUCAUCCUGUCGCCACAGGGGACGAGGACACACCUUCCAGUCCAGUUUCGGCAGAGUCACCCAGCGUACGGACGCGACGCAGCCAGGACGCACCGUCUAGUACAUCGUCUAACAGUCGUAGGAGGCGCUGGUCCGUUCUCGGUGGUUUGCUUCCCCCUGCAGAAUCGUCGUCGAGCCUUCAGCACGAGACGGUCACUCAGGCGAACGCGAAUGUACGACCGAUACCUUCAUCACGGUCUAUCCCUGAGAUUCCCACUUCGGCCAGUGCCAGUGGUAGCAGUAGUAGACCAGAUAUGCGUGAACGGCGGACGACCGUCCUCGCCCGCUCACAAUCCUCUCAUUUCCACCAGCACGGCUCAUCCGUCCCCACACCCCAUCCUCACCCCGUCUCAAGAUCGUCUUCACGACCUUCGACUUCACCCUCGCAGAACGCCAGCUCAAGCACGCACACGACGCCCGCCGACACGCCCGCCGUCCCGACACCCGCCACGUCUCGCUUCUUAUCCCGUUUCAUCCCCAACGCGUUCUCGUCUCGUCGUUCGGAGGACAGCACGCAGUCAUUAGCGCAGAAGAACGAUCCCAAUGAUCCGAACAGGAAGGCCGUGGGCACGCCGACGAUGGCUCAGGCUCCCGCGCCCAAGUUGGAGUACGUCAAACUGCCGGGAACUAAGGGUUCCUUGAUGAUUAAGGCGGUGGAGACAUCAAAGAAGAGCUUCCUUGCGAUUCUGUGUGGCGAGAACGGAGAGAAGGUGGAGUUGUUCGCAGGGACGUAUCGGACGGCUUUGGGCCUUUCGAGGACGUUCAUCUUGCCGGAUUCGCCUCGUUCUUUGGAGCUUCAGCUGCAGGGAGACGAUCUCGUCGAGGUCUUCCUCGUCUUUUCGCAGAACGUGUUCGGGUUGGAGCCCGCGACCGUGCGUGUGCGUGAAGUCCGUAUUGGCAGGGCCGAACGGAGAGCUGCACGGCGACGUGCGAGGGAGUUGCGCGAUGGGCAGACGGCAGAGCAGGAGCCUGAUCCAGCGCCGACAAUACCGACUGAAGAACCGACCAGCGUGAACGUCAGCAUCGGCGUCUCCGUUCCAUCCUCAAGUUCCCUGGCCACUGCAGAUACUAUACCUCCCGUCACCGGUAGCAGCACCCCCGCACCGACCGGCGUACCGCGCACAUCUUCGUCCGCGACCUCGAUCGUCCCUCCUGGCCCAGCGAGCGGUACGAUUACUUCGACGGUCCAAGCCGACGGCCCAGGAGCGACGAACCCGCCCCAUCCACCUCCUUCGCUCCCACACACGGAAGAGCUCGUCGCGCUCGCCACGGCUCAAAUGGGUCCCUACACGACGUUCCAGCAGCUCUCGUUCGCGCCGAACUUCCCGCUGGCGUCGAUCGCGGACGAGUAUGUCAUCCCGCCGACGUAUCCCGAUUUCUUGCAGUAUCGCGCAGAGUACGAGCCGACGGAGAAUGGGGGAGGUGCGGAUGUGGAUUUGAGUCAGUUGCAGUUUUCGCCGCCGGGGUUGCCGUUGCCUGCGCCGGCGCUGCCUUCGAAGUGGUUCUAUCGCGAUCCGAAGGGGGUCGUGCAUGGUCCAUGGAAAGCGACGCUCAUGCAGGCUUGGUACCGCGAUGGUCUGUUGCCUCCUGACCUGCCCGUCCGUCGCGAAGAAGACUCGAACUACCUGCUCUUGAAAGACCUACGCCAACAGUCCGUCGACCCCACACAACCCUUCGGUCCUCCACCCUCUCGCCCGACUCCUACCACCGACAUGGUGCCCACCGUCCUCGCCGACGCCGCGAAACCGCUCCUCUCACCACUUUCACUCCUCUCCCAACCGAAAAUCUUCGGCCCUCCCGCUCUUUUCUUCUCUUCCCGCGGCGGUCACAGUACCGUCAUCGUCGACGGCCGCGGUCGAUCCGUGCUCAAAGGUCGAUUCAUGUGGAGUUCCGACGACAGGGACGAUGAUUCUUCGCCCGUGAGCGGUCGGCUGGGAGACGUCAAGCGUCUCGAGGCGUUCGACGUCCGUGACCGUUCUGUACUCGUCGCAAUGCGUCAAGGAGGUCUCGAAGCCGUCGAUCUGUCCGACGCGCUCCUUCGUCCAGCUGACUCGUCAAGGAGCUCCCUCCCACAAUUCACGCCCGCGCCGUCGCUCGUCAAUCGUCGUGCGCCGUUCAUUUGGCGCAUUGGGAUGCCCGUGUCGUCGCCUCAUAAUUCGGCAUCUGCGUCUGCUGCGCUCUUGCCCACUAAACCGCAUUCGACGACGACGAGCAAGCUUGCGACGCCUGUGAAGAAGCUGGGAGGGGGUGGUGGAGGUGGUGGAGGCGGGGGAGGUGGGGGUGGGGGUGGAGUGGGCGGGUCAGGGAAGACUGGGGGUGGGAAGACGGACUUUGGGGAUGGGCAUCAUCAUCAUGCGUCGGAGGACGUGCAGGACGAGGUGAUCUUCCUCGGGAGGAGGGAGGAUAAUAUGUAUCUUUGUGAGAGGAAUGCGGGGGCGUUUAGGAUCUUGAGGUUGUGUCCUGUUUCGGCGGCGGGGUCGUCGUGAGAGAAUGCGGUCGUGGUGGUGUGGUGUGGUGGUUGGAAGGUUUCCAUUGUUUUUUGAUGCAGAUUCGGAUUCGGAUUCGCAACACGAUUUCCACUCGUAAGUUAUGCAUGCAUGCAUCGGUCGUUUCUUUGCUUUAUAUCCCUCCUCUGGCUUUACUGGACCGGACCGUCUCGAUCCCCCGUUCUUGUCCUUUCCACCGGUCCUUUUCUUUCUUUUUUUCCAUUCCCAUUAUCUUUGUCGCUUCCUCACAUUGACAGUUCGUUUGCCCGGCAUUAUCCCCGUCAUGGCUCGACACGAUCCCUCAUCCCAUCUCGUCCCGUUACGCGAAAUCAUCCUGCCUCGUCUGCACGUUCUCAUGAUCAUGGACCGUGACUCCUGACUCCUGAAGCCUGAUCGCCUCCAUACAUUCACAUUCGUCCGUCCACAUAACAUAUUCAGUACACCCGCAUUCACCAGACCGACCGACAAUCCAACAUCUCGAUUCUCGUCCGCCCCGCCUUUUGAUACAUUAUCAUAACCAACCCCGUGUAGCCGCCAGUGAUGAUCCCGAAAUACAGUAUCGAUACCUUUUUCUUUUCUUUCUUCUUUUCUUUUCUUUACCUCGUACCUUGCACAUCCGGCAGUCGCGGUUGGCGAUUACUCUUUGCCGUUACCCCCUGCCACCUCGACUUUAUGAUUUUUCUUGCCGGCUUUCUUUCCAUCUCUUCUUCA